UAAGUUCUUUUGUUGAAUGGCUUUGUAAACAAAGUUCUUUGCUUUUGUUCCUGCAAACGUUCUCUCCUAGACGAGAACUAUAUAGGCAUCCAUCCUUGAGAUCAGAGACCAUUCAGAAACAAGAGUUUCAUACGAUAUGGCUCCAAGACCUUCAAUGGGUUCCUGUGAGAGGCCGUGCUGCAGGCAGGCAACCACUGGAGUGGAGAGAUCUUGGAGGAGUUUCUUCAUCAAAGUACGUACAACUACCAUCGAAGACAAGAAGCUGAACCUACCGUUGAAGUUUGCGAGAAAAUUUGGGGAUGAGCUUUCUGAUGUAGCUAAGCUUAUUGUACCUAAUGGCUUGAUUUGGGAAGUGGGUUUAACAAAAGGGGAAACCAUUUGGUUGGAUAAUGGUUGGCAAGAACUUGUAGAAUAUUAUUCUGUCUGUAAUGGAUGGUUUUUACAAUUCAACUAUUUGGGUAUGUCGAAUUUCAAUAUUUUUAUAUUCGAUGAGACUGUUUUUGAGAUUGGAUAUCCAUGUAUUCAACCUAGGAGGAAGCAAGAACCUAGUAAUAUGAGGAACCAAACACCAUUCAAUGAGGAUGAAAUUGAAGAAGAUGAUGAUGAUUUUGUUGAUAUGUUUGGUUCUACUCCACGUCCAAGUUCAAGCAAAGGGACAAACUCCAAGAAAAGGGAUUAUCUGGGAUUUAACAAGAGAUUCAAGAAUCCUGCUUCUGCAGAGAAACGGAAGCUUAAGCAAGAUUAUCAGGGAAAAGGCAAAAAUUGUAAGAUUGAAGACUUGGAAGAAAAUGACUCGGACCAAGAUGGGAUUGACUUGUCACCAGAAUGUGAAGCAAAAAUAUUUAUAAGUAAUAAAUUUUAUGUCACAUUAGAAAAAAUAUACCCAGGAAGUAAGAAAGCAGUGGAUGCAGCAAUGGAGUGCAAGCCCCAAAAUCCAGCUUUCCUGGUUAUCUUGGGGAAAAGUUACAUACGCACCAACUUAUUGCAUGUGCCAUCAGCAUUUGCUGUGAAGUAUCUGCGUAAUAUUUCAGAGACUAUCAAAGUGGAGGAUUGUUAUGGAGGAGAGUGGAUAAUUCAUACCUUUUGCAGCUGCAGGGGUUGGAGUUUGGUUUUAAGGGGGGGAGGGGAAGAGUUCUUUAGUGACAAUGAUAUGCAGAAUGGAGAUGUAUGUCUCUUUGAGCUGAUCCAGGAAAGGGAUGUCGUCCUGAAAGUUUUAGUAUUUCAUGCGUAUCUGGAGUGAAGUUGUCUGAAAAAUCAGAAUAUCAACAGGGGUCAUGUUCUUUUUGGGUUAUGUUUGCUGAUAGGGGAUUACUGUGAGGAUUUCACAGUUUGAUUGUUCAUAAGUUUGCUAAUCUGGGUCCUGAUGUUUCAUGUUACAGCAACUUCUUUGAGUUGAAACUUUUUUUGUUGGCUAAAUAUUUAAAUUGUAGUAACCUUGUAUUUCUUGCUUGAAAAUUUAAAUGUGAAUGGAGUUCUUGUUUC